CGGAAAUUGCCGGGUUGUGCCGAACCGCUCGGUAAAUGUCGGUAGAAACCGUCAAUACGUAAAUUGCCGAGUCCAACCGAAUCGUUGUCCAUGUCAUUCUAUCAUGGCCGUCGUUUUCUAAGUUGGACCCGAAACCGACCCCGAAAUGCCGUUAUACGAGGCCUCUGUGUUCCCUGCUGUUAUUUUUGACAUCGGAACUGCAUACACAAAAUGUGGCUUUGCAGGAGAGAUGGGACCAAGAUAUAUUAUUCCUAGUCAAGUGAAAAACAGAAAGGGAGAGACUCAAAAUGUUUGGGAUUAUAAGAACAGCAAAGAACUUUACGAAAACCUGAAAGAAUUUCUUAAGCAUUUAUAUUUCAGACACAUUACUAUGAAGUCUCAGGACCGAAGAGUUGUGGUUUGUGAAUCCUUAUUAUGUCCUACAGUUUUCCGUGAAACUUUGGCCAAAGUUUUGUUCCAAUAUUUUGAGGUUCCCUCUGUGUACUUUGUCCCUUCCCAUCUUACACCCCUCUACACACUCGGUAUAGGAUGCGGUUUAGUUAUGGAUGUUGGCUACAAAGAAGCUUCUGUAAUUCCUAUUUAUGAAUGGACACCAGUUUUGAGGGGUCUUCAAAUAUUACCAUUGGCUGGUAAAGCUAUUCAUGAAAAUUUGAGGGUCCUUCUGGAAAAUUCUAAUAACCAAGCUGGAAACGAUAAAGCUGCUGUGAAGAGGCCACCAGUGGAUGACCUCACAGAAGAGGUUUUGGAAGACAUCAAAGUUCGUUGCUGUUUUGUCACAAAUAUUAACCGAGCAAAGCAAAUAUUAUCAGUCUACUGUGGGAAAGAAGAUUCAAGCAAGUUGCCGCCUUCACCACCUGAUGUGGAAUACCCAUUCAAUGGGGACAGUUUCCUGCAUAUCAGUGGAAGAGUGAGAGAGGAGGCUUGUGAAGUUUUGUUUGAGCAGGAUAACGAGGAGAUGUCGUUAUCAACUAUGAUCUUGGAUUCUUUAAUUAAGUGUCCAAUUGAUACGCGUCGUGAAUUAGCUGAAAACCUUAUCCUCACAGGCGGAACUUGUCAGUUACCUGGGUUUUAUAGUCGACUCCAGAAAGAACUUUAUGACCAAUUAAGCAAACCAAGAUACUCUGAGAAGCUAAAAAUUCAAACUUUUAAGUUCCACCAGCCACCUUGCAUCGAAAACUAUACUGCUUGGCUGGGAGGAGCAAUUGCUGGUGCUAUGAUAACCUUACCUGGCCGUUCUGUGUCUCGUGAAAGCUUUAUGGAAAACAAUACUUUACCAGACUGGUGUAAGCUUCUGGAGAAAACCGAGUAACUCUUUCAACAGAAACUAGACUUCUUUCUGGCUGUUGUCUUUCUGUCAUAAUGUCAAUAUAGAACAAUGAAAAAUGCUUUCAUUAGCAACAACAACUCAUAACAGCAUGGGGAA